AUGUUGACCAAGUUGCGGAAGAAAGCCUUGUCAGCAUGCCAAGGCGCAAAGCUUCUGACAGCCAUUUUUGUCCAUAGCACCUGGACCUGCCUGUCCUUCUUGCUGGCCCUGCUCCGGUCAGCCUUUGGCGCUACGGAGCAAUGCAGUGGCGUGGAAUUUCUGGAAGGAUGGGUGUCCCAUGCGCGGACGCAUGAAGCAUCCCAUGCCUUCCGUUACGACGUACGAAUGGCCCUGGUCGAUUUGGACCAUCCGCCCCACUGGUGGGCCUUGGAACCCAUUCAGCGUCUCACGGCAGAGGAGCGUUGGCCGUGGAACCAUCAUGUGUUCUUUGUCUUUGACCUCAAGGGCGAUGAGCGGCCCAAGCCUCUGCACGUCUCCCCGCUGAUGGACAUCAAGCAUCGCUGGCUUUUUCGGGCACAUUUGCAGCUCCAGCCUAGCAGCUUCUUACGAGCUCGAGCGGAGCAUGCAGGCUCCUUGCAGAUGCUGUGGCGCUACGGUUUUCAACCUCAACGCACUGCUUUGCGGAUUUAUUGGAAUGCCGUGAAGCUUCUUCGUUUCUUGGAACAAAGAAAAGAGCUGAGAGGUUGUUUGAACUGCUGGGUGUUUGAGUAUGCUUUGGAGGAUGGCUUCAACAACCUGCCUUGUUCGGGUUUGCUCCCAGAAGGAUCAGCAGAUAUGCGGCAGAAAUAUUCAGAUUUCACUGAAUUGAACACCGGCAAAGCCUUUGAGUGGCAAUUGUCGAAUGUGACUAUCCCGAAGGUUGGAAAAGUGUGUCAUCCCGAAGGUUAA